AUGGCGGAGCGACCUGUGCUCCGCCCUGUGUCGAUGGAACCAGCCUACAACGAGUUUGUGGUGAACAACAAGGAGAGUGCAACCGACGCCAUCGAAGAAAGGAGGCAUGGGAUUCUUCAGGUCCUUAAGGACACGUUCGACGCUGUGAAGGGGCAGAUGCAGGCGUUUUUGGACGCAGUGCACGAGGAGCAAGAGCGCAAUCAAGGCAGUGAGUUUGAGGACCAUGUGAGGCAGCAAUACAGCGACGACGAUGCUGACAGUGUUCAAGAGGUGGACGUACACGCAGGCCUCGAGUCAGACCUUGAAGAUUUCCCAAGUCUUGACAACGCGCAGAACGCGGGGGACGUGAGAGCCCCCAUCGCUGACGUGCGCAACAUCAUCAAGGCGUUCAAGAAGCAUCGUGCUGACUUCGAAGACACCUUUGGCGAGCUUCAAGACUUGUACCCGCUUGAAGCUGAUCUCGACUUUGACGGGCUUCGCAUCGACGUUGAAAAUGCCGCAGAAGACCUUGUGGAAGGAGCCGAUGCAUUCGCUGCUCACCACGACCAUGCUGAGGCAGCACCUGGUGUCGGUGCGCAGGAGUAUGGCGAAGCAUGUGCCACCGCGUUCCUGCAAUGGAUUGAAAAUUCUGCCCGCGAGGCCUUGAGCAUUACACUGCUUGACAAGUUGGAGGAGCUGCUCAACACGGACGAGCCACUGUGGCCACUGUAUGUGGUGACGGCAGGCAAGCUUGAUGACGGGAAGAAAAGGAUCAUGUAUGUGGGAAAGAGCACAAACUACUUGAACCGCUUCAAGGGUGGGCACACUGCUUUCUGCAAGCUGCUGCACCCAGACUUCUCUGGCGAGACGCAUCGUCCAUUCGAAGUUACUCUGUUUGACGUCACAGUGAAUGAUCAAAGCUUGACAGGUCUCGACAAUUCUGCGGACCUCCUGACCUGUGUGGAGCAGAGCACGAUCUGGCGUUUUCGGUCUCCUUUGAACAGCGCAGAUCAGGGUCGCGAGAACCUCAAACUCGAGAAAGCCGACAAUGCGGAGCUUGCGAAGACGCUUACCAUCGAGUUGGAUAACGUCAGUGAUGAAAAAACCAUUUCGAUGCAAAGUCCGCAACGAACACAUGGUGACCUUCAGGCCAAACUUGCACCUUGA